AUGGAUCCCGACUGCGCCAUCUGUUCCGCCCCCGCCAUCGCACAAUGUGAGUGCGAGGCUAAAGGUCUUGAUAUUGCUGUGCGGCAGGCGGAACAGAGGAUGAUGACCAGUGUUUUGGAUGAUAUACGGUCGUGGGUCCGCGGCCACGCACAAGACUACAUCCUCUCCUACUUCAGCAUGCUCAAGGCGCGGCGCAAAGAAAUGCACGCAGCCCACAUCCAGCACAUAACUGACCGGGCAUACCACUACUACCGCGCACCGCCUCAUCCCUCCGAGAUCCUCGCCGCGGAUAGCGAUCUCAAACGCGGCAUUGACGACGAUUGGAAAGCUUCGGUUCAGAGAUACCCGGAAGUGCUAGAUUAUUUUUACGGCUUGGUGGAUUUGAGUCUUCCCGCCGACGACGAGCCGCAUGUUCGGGAUCCGCCGAUGAGUGCAUUGGGCGGGGGCAAGCAGAGGGUGAGGUUGAGGGAGCCUUCCUUGGGGAGGGAAGGACGGGGGAGGAGGGGUGGUAUUGAACCUCCUGUGGGAGAGGGGCCACGGAGGAGGGAUGGAAGGGGCGUUGCAUUCGCGCCGAUGCCAGGGUACUCAUAUGUCCAACCGGGAGGGUAUUGA